AAUCCGCUUGUAAAGAUUACCGCCGGAGAAGAUUAUCUGGAGUAAUAUGUGGAAAGCAACCUGUUUUUCAUCAAACUAUCACUGAGAUGGCUGGGGUCAUAACAAGCCCUGGAUAUCCAUUAUCCAUGACCAAAGCCGAUUACCGCUGGACAUUCAUGACAAAUUUGACACGUGGGCGUGUGGCUCUCUAUUUUGACGUACUAGAUUUGCAGCGUUAUGAAGGUAACAGCAAAGUCUACAUCCAGAAUUCACUUACAGUGUAUCAUGGACUGACUACCGUGCUGAGUUUACCAAGAAAACUUCACUUCUACUCAUCUUUUUCAACUCGUCGAAUUAUUAAUAGACAGUAUGGCAAGGGAAUGCGAGUGAAGUACUUUCUCUAUAAUGAACCAGUUCCUCUUCUAAACAAUUGGACCAUAUCACUCUCGAUCUCCAACAAUGACRGAAUCACUGCAAAUUGGACUCAAGUUAAUGUUAAAGGCUAUGAUAUUUUAGGAUUUUUGAUUACUUGCAAUUCAACACAARAUUGGGCUAACGAAGCAGUUUACGCGUUUGGAGAAAACAGUUCAACUUCUGCGACUUGUAAUGGGCUGAUCGGGUACACUAACUAUGACGUGUACGUGUUGGUGAUGUUAAAAAAUCAGGAGACUGGGACAUGUACAACAUACAAGAGUUCAAUGGCGUCAAUAACAACUCCUAARUCAUCCCCAAGUACUAUUGGUCCUCAAAGAGAUUACAGCACUGAUAUUACACCAACUACAGCAGCUAUUAGUUGGAAGCCACUCCCCGGAAAAUAUACUCUUGGAUAUACUGUACAACUCUACAGUUAUUCCACUAGCACUUAUUACAAAAAAAAUAAGAACCAAUGUUCCAUCGGUGGUAUUUAGGGAUCUUUUACCUGCGAGCAGAUAUAGAGUGGAAAUUAAAGGCUACACUGCAGCUGGAAGAGGACCAUAUCAAGACUAUUAUUAUUUUUCAACAAAAUGUGGAGGUACUAUAGAAAGACAACUGCAUGGCAAGAUACARAUGUCGGAUGCUAAUGUUUGGUCUGAAACAUGUAUUUGGAAAAUUAUUGCACCCACUCAAAACACGCUGAUCCUAUUCCAUAUGAAAUCGCUGAAGAUACCAUUUUCCUUUGAUUGCUGGGACUCCUCCUUGACCAUUAAGGGCGACCAAGGAAGUUCUGYACAAGGCAGACUGUGUGGCUCAAGGCAUUCUUUGUCUUUCAUCUUACUUGGUUUUGCUGAAGUAAAACUAUAUUUGACAAGACCAUUUUGGUCGACUCACAUGUUCUCCUCUUUUUUCAUGCUUGAAAAUGGACUUGAAAAUGUUCCAUCCAUCAAGUCAUGGAAAAUUUUGUCUUUCAAAAAAAGUUCAACAUCAGUCAACGUCAGCUGGGAUAAAUACCCAGGAAAAGAAAGCGUCAGCAAAUACUUUGUGAUUUGCACUGCUAGAAAAGUUUCAGUCUCCUCAACCGAUGAAAAAAAAAAUAGUUUGGUGGUUCAAAACCUGUUAAAAGGCACUGAAUAUGAAGUAGCAGUACUGGCAAUACUUGGAAAUCCCUCGUUUUUUAACUUCGCAAAAGUUGAUAUGACUAUUUUCAAAAGUCAAGAAGUUGUUGUAAAGACUGCGGAAGAUGCUCCAGGUAAACCGCCUCAACAUGUCCAAGCGUGGAAGUCUGGGUCAAUUGUUGUUGUUUCUUGGAAGCCUGUUGACAAGGAGUUCACUAAUGGUGUAAUUGUUGGAUACUAUGUUUACUAUCGCCGGCAAUCAGGGGCAGAUUUAGGUUAUUGGGAAAGAGUGCACGUAAAGUCUUAUAAAACAAAGAUCUAUCUCAGAAAUUUGUGGUCUGAUACAAAKUACAGGGUCGAAGUAUCUGCCGCCACAAAAGUUGGAGAAGGUCCAAGAAGCAGAAGWAUAUUCGUCACUACAGGUGCUUCAAAUAAUAUGGAUGACAGGAUUAGGUAUCUAGGACUUUGGUGAACGAAUACCAGCAAGACGGCACUUCCUUUCAAAGCCCAAAUGCGGAUUCCAAGCAAUGAUUAUAUUGUGAUUGCARAACUUUGGCCUGACACAAGGCUGUGAGAGCAGGCUCUGUUGAAGAGAAUUUGGACAGAGYGAUUCGAGAGAGACUGGCUAACAAAACUUUAUCCCCAAUGCUUUGUUCAUUGAAUAUGUGUUUGUGUUCUGAUAAAUAAUMAUCGAUUAGUAAUGGCAUGCUUAGUAAUUUKGGRAGGACCACAAUGAUCUUGGACAAAAUGUCUUGGGACUUUCGCAUGAGUUUAGUUGAGUUUGUGAUGUUCAUUCACAAUUACUGCCUUUGUUUGUCUAUUUUCUCCUUCCUAAACCCUUUCGCACCCUGGCAAAURCUGUAGUUGUGUGGUUGACGGCUUGCUGUCGGUACUGUGUAUGUUGAGGGGGCGGUUUCGAGUGUAAAAGAGCAACUAUAGGCGAUACUAUCUAAAUUAACCCUUUAGCCUGAAACAUGAUUAUCAUCGAGACUCAUUGUUAUGAGAAAACUGUGUUUACAAAUAAAAAAAUGAAAGUUUGUGUGCAAUAAACCCUUUUCUAGAUCUCUUUUACUCUGUGUUAGCCUCAAUUGUGUGAGCAAAAUAUUCAGAAAUUUAAAUAAAACUCGUGAAAUUUCAAGCUAUUUCCGUUGUCUUUAUAAAUACUCACGGAUCUCUUGCAUUUGCACGGAAUGUUAGUGAAUAAAAUAAUUUAUUACAUGGUUUUGAGGCUAACACAGCGUAAACGAGAUCGCUAAAAGGGUUUAUUGAGGAAUCCAUCUAAAAUAACGUAACCCUAUAGCCCGAAACGUGCUCCCGAAUAAUUUUGUCCAAGAUUAUAAUCCAUUUUAGAUAUCUUAAAGUAAUCAAACAUUUAUUGGGAACUCAUUUCUCUAGUUUUGCUUUCCAGUUAUCAAAUAGUUUGAUAUAUUUUUUUAAAGUUCUUAUAGUUUAGUGAUAUAUUAUUUCAACGUAUGGCCCAAGUACAGCUGUUUGCAAUAAUUCUGACCCCCUCUGCCAUAUUUCAUAUAUAUCAAACUGAC